AUGCCGCCAGACAGCUCGUCGUUUAUGGCGCUAAAUUGCCCGCACGAUGCCGUACUACCUGAGUAUAUGGGCUUGUUCAGCCUUGCCGCGCCGCCCAAUACCGACCUCUGGCGAAAGCCACCGUCCGGGGACAUUUCCACCGCUCCCGUUCUCUAUACUGCUCUGCGCAACCCCUUCAUAGCUGCUGAGGUCACCGUCGCCGCCGACUGGGAACUGGAAUGGGAUCAAGGCGGGCUCGUCAUCUUCGCAGGCGCGCCGCCCGGGCGCGUUGCAACGGCCGUGCCCAGACCCAGCGCCGAUUCAACCGCCCCUCUCACCACGCAGGCCCUCAGCCACCCAGCGACCCCGGUGCCGACCUCGCAGAAUGCGGGGCAGCGCCCCGGCCCUGGAGCUGGAGCUGCGGCGGCGGCGGCAGCGGCAGCGGCAGCGGUCGCACAACCCCAAGCUCCGCCGCCGUACAUGCCGCCAACACCCGCCUCCAAAUGGGUCAAGGUCGGCCUCGAGUUCUGCAACGGCGCCUGCCACGCGACCUCCGUCGUCGCGACGUCUGACGGCGCCGACUGGGCUCGAGCUGACGUGGUACGGCGGCCCGAGCUGCGCGUCAAGAUUGAACGCAUAGGGUGCGCGCUGUGGGUGUGGUACGAAGACGAGGUCGCGGGCUGGAAGAAGCUGCGCGAGGUCACCUGGUUCUUCUGGGGCGUAGAGGAUAAGGCGGUCCGGGUGGGUGUGUAUGCAUCUCGUCCUGCGAACUUUGGGACUAGUAUGUAUGAGAGGAGGCAGGGGUUUAGUGUGAGUCCGAGGAAUUUGUGUGUUGAUUUCGAGGGCUUGGAGAUUUUCUGA